UCAACAAAUCACAUCCGCAACUUGCCGGUACAUGUCCAGCUUUGUGGGUGAUCGCAGCCUCAUAAAUGGACAUUCAAAAAGGCUCAGCGCGCUGCAGGUGCGUUCCCUUUCACAAACCCCACGGAGCUGAGCGUCGGUGAGCAUCUGAUGGACGGAAUAGAGCUGCGGCCGGCCUAUACAUGUUUACAGAACUUCCCAAAGUUACCGCUGUGGAUCAUAGAGUACGUCUGGGCUCACAAGAUGAUGGAAUUACAGGAAGUUGUGGACCCGUCCAAUUGGCCGGAGGUGGACUCUCAGCCCUUGAGCCUUGAGGAUUCGUGGAGGCUGCGCGUCGCCUCUGCCCAGAUCUAUUCCAUCAUUAAGAACAGGGACAUGGAGCAUUUUGAGAGAGUGAUGGACUUUCUGGAAGCCACUUACAGACUCCUACCCAGACUGGUGGCUCCCAUCAAACACAUGAAGAUCAUGUUUGGCCUCAAGACCAUGGUCAUCAUGAGGAUGCUCAGGGAGGGCCGAGGAAUGGUUGAUACAGUGUUAAAAACCAGCCAGUUCUUCCCAACUAAACUUCCUCAAUAUCAAGGUCAAUGUAGCCAACAUGAAAUGUUCCUAAUGAGGAAGAACCAUCUGGAAUUCAAGGCUCUGGCACAAGCACUCGCUAUGGACAAGGACAAACUGGAAGAUUAUAUUAAGAAUCGGAUGGAGGAGCAGUAUGGUGAACAUUAUGCCCAGAAAGUAGAGGACAGACUGCUGCACUAUCUACAGGAGUUGGAGACCGUGUUGCCAGGAGAUACCUACAUUGACAAGAUACUGAAGAAAGAAAGCCCCGUGACUGAGGAGGAAAAGCUGCUGCUGGAAGUAAUUACCUCAGACUCCGUCAACAUAGCGACCACUCUGAAGAAACUGCUGCACUGUGAUGUUGCUUCCUGUCGUCUGGGCAGCAUUUCUCAGUCAUCAGCACAUAGAAAGAAUGGAUUGGAGAGCUCUCAACUCUCAAAGUCUGUUCUGUGUCGCAGCUCUUCAGAGGCUGUCCUCAAGUCAAAGGAAGCCAAGACUCCCCUACAGUUUCAGCCAGAGGUUUUUCGGGGAGGACAGGAGGCUGACCAAUAUGUGCCAAAAGACGAACUUCUGUUGUUGGAGAAUGUUUCAGAUGUUAGCAGACAUCUACCGACAGAGGAGGAUGGUGAGGUAGUCAGGAGGUCGGAGGAAGACGGCAGUGACGAGGAAAAGGAGGAACUCAGUCCGAGAAGCAGUGAAGAUGUUCAGGAGGCCCCUUCUUCCCCUCAGUUCUGCUCCAAACACCAACGAUGGGUGACGAGCAUCCUGCAGGAGUGUCCCGAUGAGUGCUCGGAAGAGCUGCUUCAGGCCAAUGUUUCUUCGUCACCCCCGCUGUUCCAGUCGUCCUCAUCCGCCACUUCAUCGCAGGACCUCACGCCCUCUGACAUCGUCCCGUGCCCCCCUGACCAACAACAUCCACCUUCGCAGACCUCCACCCAUCUUCAGACAGCAGUCCAGGCAUCUGACCAAACAAACACCAAAGAUGAACAGAGGUCCAGGUCACCUGGAUCAGCAAGUGAUGCGUCUCAAACAGAACUUCUGCUGUCAUCCAGAGACACUCGGCUACCCAUCCUGUUGUCCCCGGUGGUCCGACUGAUAGACAUUGUCUCUGUCGGAAGAAUCUACCCUGUCUUUAAACCCUGUCAAGCGCCUCUAAAUCGCUUCACCGUGUCUAGUAACAAACAGACAGCAUCCGCUCUUAGUCCUCAGGUGCUAACCUCACCACACCGCCAUACCCUAGGGAACAACGGCAUACCCCUAGGAACAAUGAUAGACACUACGAUCGACCAACCAGAUACUGUGGCAACAACUCCCCCGAACACAAUGUGCAAAGUGAAAACAGUUCCUUUAUCUCAGGAUAGCUCUACCAGCUGUCAACCACCAACUCGACAGUCUUUUUUCAAACUUUCAAGAAAGUUCAGACGGGCUUGUACUACCACCAGACAUUCUCAGGCACUAGACGGAUUCAGUCAAAACCCUUUACCUGAGCAGUUCCUAGAGGCCCCUACUACCUUUUGGACAAGUUGUCCUGCCUUACCCAACUUCAAUGUCUCUGGGCCUCCUAUAGAGGAUACUUCUAACUCUACUCCUCAAUUAGAGAUUCUGUCCUCAGUCUGUGCUGCUAACCACAUGUCUUUAUCUACUGAAUCCUCUAGACAAUUUGUCCCUCAGAGCUCCGUCAAACCUCUUCGUCGUACAUACAACAUCAGUCUUUUUGAAUCAAAGACUAGGGGGCAUGGUAGGCGAUGCUCCACUGCUGUCUCCCCUGCCUCCAACUCUGAUUGCCUGGCUGUCAGUUCUGAGACCUGCAAAAUCCGAAGAGCCCAGCUGAAGUUGUCAUUGCCUAGUCAGGCUUUGCUUCUGCAGUCCAAGCUGCUACAGCCCUACGUAAGUCUUAACAGACUGAGUGCUCAGGAGUGCUAUAGAGUGACAAAGCAGAGAUCCUCCAUCAGUUGUGUAGAGGCUGUGGCACAAGCCAGCAAUGAUGAGAAGGAUGAGGAGGAAGAAGAUCAAGAUUCUUCUUUUGAUGUGAACACUCUUUACUCCAGUGAUUCUUCAAGUAGUGACAGUGAGGACUCGUUUCAUUGUGACCCUGAGUACAAACCUCGCUUUAAAAAGAAAAGACUUCUCUCAGAGUAGCAUGGGAACCCUGCAUAGGGGCUUGUCUGAUGGUGUGACAACACUUUGGCUGCCUCGGACACUUGCGGGUAAAUCAAGGCUGCACUAAUAAAUAUUUUGAUAUGAACAAUGGGUCAAAUAAAGAAUGGGAAUAUAUACUUUGUUAAUCCCUCAUGAGGAAGUUAAAAUGGUUAUAAUAAAUACUUGUAUGUCAUGACUAAAUAAAGCUGUUACAUGACCAUGUGAAUUUCAAAGUGUGAAUUUCAAGUGUUGCUACUGGAAAGCACACAUUUGGAAAGAUUUUUGAUAGGCAUUACCCUUGCAUCUGCUCUCAAUUAGUAUUGUAGAAUUUCUAGCAUUUCUCUCUUGAAGUUGUGGUUGUGUUGUGCAACCACAGAAAAUGGUUUCUCGGUGAUUUGUUGACAAAUCAAUGAAAAAUCCAAAUGAAUAACAGCGGGGUUCCCAACAGAGUCUUGUUAUGUUUUUUUGUUGGUCGGUCCAGCAACACUUUGAUGCAUACUAAUAAUAUCUCUACUGUUAAAUGGAUUGCCAUUAAAUGUUAGGAAGGCUUUCAUGUAACGUAAUGAUAAUCCUCGCGCCAACAGCAGAUGAAAGUUUUCACUUUAACAAUUAAGUGAAAUAUCUCGACAUCUACUAGAUGGACUGGCACACCAUUUCGCAUAAUUCCAAGACGAUAUAUCCUAAUGACUUUGGUUAUCCUGUGACUUUUCCUUUAGCACCACAAGGUUGAGGUUUUAAGAACAAUGUCUCCAAGUCAGAGGUCUUCAACAGGGGGUCCGCGGCCCCUAGGGGGUCCGUGGAGGUACU